AUGGAGACCCUUGUCCCCCUAUGCAUCUUUAAAUUGUUCAAUCUAACCCGUAUCAGGGCAAAACUCGCAGAUGACCCCCAGAUUCACCACGCGUCCCUGCACAAUCCUCUUGCUAUACAAUUCCAUCCCUAUGUCCUACCUUUCCUGAUUAUUUGGCCCGUCUUUUUCGCCUUCUACUUGUCCCCUGAGCGCUAUGAUACCUACAUCCAGGGCCAGGAGUGGACCUUCGUUUGGGCGGGGUCCAUCAUCACCAUCCAGUCCCUCUUGUGGCUGAUGACCAAGUGGAACAUCAACAUCAAAACUCUUUUCACCACCAUCGGAGCCAGCUCCAUUGAUACUGCUCGUCUGAUUAAGGUUAUCCCGAUCACCAAUGCCGGAAUUGCUGAAAUCUGUCCCCUGAUCCACGACACCUCCGGUGGCAAGAAGACCCUCUCGUUCUUGUUCCAGAAGCGCCGUUUCCUCUACUACCCGGAACGCCAGACCUUUGCGCCCCUCUCCUACGCCCUCGAUGCGGAACCAAAGCCUGCCCUCAAGUACUUCCAGCAAAGCAAGGGUCUAACCACCAAGGCUGAAGUUGAGAACAUCCAGGAGCACUAUGGCGAUAACACCUUCGAUAUUCCCGUCCCUGGAUUCGUCGAGCUUUUCCAAGAGCAUGCCGUCGCGCCAUUCUUUGUCUUUCAGGUCUUCUGUGUUGGUCUGUGGAUGCUGGACGAAUACUGGUACUACUCUCUGUUCACUCUCUUCAUGCUUGUGAUGUUUGAGAGCACUGUCGUCUGGCAGCGCCAGAGAACUCUCAAUGAGUUCCGUGGAAUGAGCAUCAAGCCUUACGAUGUUUGGGUUUUCCGCGAAAACAAAUGGCAAGAAACCACUAGCGACAAGCUUCUUCCCGGUGAUCUGAUGUCCGUCAACCGAACCAAGGAAGACGGCGGUGUCGCUUGCGAUAUUCUCCUUAUCGAGGGCAGUGUGAUUGUGAACGAGGCAAUGCUUUCCGGUGAGAGUACCCCUCUGCUCAAGGAUUCCGUUCAGCUUCGCCCUGGCAAUGACCGCAUUGAACCGGAGGGCUUGGAUAAGAACUCGUUUGUGCACGGUGGAACCAAGGUUCUUCAAGUCACUCACCCGAAUGUAAAUGGUGAGGAGGUUACAAAGAAUCUUGUCAACGGUAUCAGCAUGCCCCCCGAUAAUGGCGCUCUCGGUGUGGUUGUCAAGACUGGAUUUGAGACCAGUCAGGGCAGCCUUGUGCGCACCAUGAUCUACUCCACCGAACGUGUUUCCGCCAACAACGCCGAGGCUUUGUUGUUCAUUCUCUUCCUCUUGAUUUUCGCAAUUGCCGCCUCUUGGUACGUGUGGCAGGAGGGUGUCAUCAAGGACCGCAAGCGAUCCAAGCUCCUUCUGGAUUGUGUCCUUAUCGUCACCAGCGUUGUUCCCCCAGAGUUGCCUAUGGAACUGAGCUUGGCCGUCAACACCAGUUUGGCUGCUUUGAGCAAGUAUGCUAUUUUCUGCACGGAGCCUUUCCGUAUCCCGUUCGCAGGCCGUGUUGAUAUUGCUUGUUUCGACAAGACUGGUACUUUGACUGGUGAAGAUCUUGUUGUUGACGGUAUUGCUGGUCUCACUCUUGGCCAGUCUGGUGCCAAGGUUCAAGCGGAUGGUGCUCACGCGGAUUUGGCCACGGCUGAAAAUGUUAGCCCCGCUACUACUCUUGUUCUUGCCAGUGCCCACGCCUUGGUGAAAUUAGAUGAAGGCGAGGUUGUUGGUGACCCCAUGGAGAAGGCUACUCUGCAGUGGCUUGGCUGGGGUCUGGGAAAGAAUGAUACUCUGAUGUCCAAGGGAACUGCACCCAAGAUUGCAUCCCGCCCUGUCGAGUCCGUCCAGAUUAAGAGAAGAUUCCAAUUCUCCUCUGCCCUGAAGCGCCAGAGUACCAUCGCCACUGUCACUACCAAUGACCCGAAGACGUCCAAGAAGAGCAGAGCUACUUUCGUCGGCGUCAAGGGUGCUCCCGAGACUAUCAAUUCUAUGCUGGUUAAUACCCCUCCAAACUACGAGGAGACUUACAAGUACUUCACUCGUAAUGGUGCUCGUGUUCUUGCCCUUGCCUACAAAUAUCUCUCUUCGGAGUCUGAGCUUUCCCAGAGCCGUGUGAACAACUACGUUAGGGAGGAGAUCGAGUCCGAGCUGAUCUUCGCUGGUUUCCUUGUUUUGCAGUGCCCUCUCAAGGAUGAUGCUAUCAAGUCCGUCCGCAUGUUGAACGAGAGCAGCCACCGUGUUGUUAUGAUCACUGGAGACAACCCGUUGACUGCCUGCCAUGUCGCGCGCAAGGUUGAGAUUGUUGACCGAGAGGUUGUCAUUCUUGACGCCCCUGAACAUGAUAACUCGGGAACUCGACUUGUUUGGCGUACCAUUGACGACAAGCUGAACACUGAAGUUGACCCCACUAAGCCUCUGGACCCGGAGAUUCUGAAGAACAAGGACAUCUGUAUCACUGGUUACGCCCUCGCGAAGUUCAAGGACCAAAAGGCCCUUCCGGAUCUUUUGCGCCACACCUGGGUUUACGCUCGUGUGUCUCCUAAGCAAAAGGAGGACAUUCUGCUUGGUCUGAAGGAUGCUGGCUACACCACUCUGAUGUGUGGUGACGGUACUAAUGACGUCGGUGCUCUGAAGCAAGCUCACGUUGGUGUUGCCCUUUUGAAUGGUUCGCCAGAUGAUCUCACCCGGAUUGCUGAGCACUACCGCACCACCAAGAUGAAGGAGCUAUACGAGAAACAGGUUAGCAUGAUGCAGAGAUUUAACCAGCCUGCUCCACCGGUCCCUGUGAACAUUGCCCACCUCUACCCUCCUGGCCCUGGUAACCCACACUACGAGAAGGCUAUGGAGAGAGAGAUGUCAAAGAAGGGUGCACUUGCCAAGCCUGGCGACCCCGUACCCACCAUUACUUCUCCCGGUGCCCAAGCUCUUCAGCAGAGCAUGACCCCCCAGCAGCAGCGACAGACGCAAGCCCAAGCUGCCGCAGCUGGUCUCGCUGACAAGCUCACCUCUUCUAUGUUGGAACAGGAGUUGGAUGAUAGCGAGCCGCCCACCAUCAAGUUGGGUGAUGCUUCUGUUGCUGCGCCGUUUACCAGUAAGCUGGCUAAUGUAAUUGCGAUCCCGAACAUUCUCCGCCAAGGUCGUUGCACUCUUGUUGCAACAAUCCAAAUGUACAAAAUUCUUGCUUUGAACUGCCUGAUCAGUGCCUACAGUCUGAGUGUUAUUUACUUGGAAGGCAUCAAGUUUGGUGACGGCCAGGUCACCAUCAGUGGUAUGCUGAUGAGUGUCUGCUUCUUGUCCAUCUCCCGCGCCAAGUCUGUCGAGGGUCUUUCCAAGGAGCGUCCGCAGCCCAACAUCUUUAACGUGUACAUUAUUGGAUCCGUUCUUGGUCAAUUCGCUAUUCACAUUGCGACUUUGAUCUACCUCUCCAACUACGUUUACAAAGUCGAGCCGAGAUCUAACGACAUUGACCUGGAGGGCGAGUUUGAGCCGUCUCUUCUGAACAGUGCCAUUUACCUGCUCCAGCUGAUCCAGCAAAUCUCCACCUUCUCGAUCAACUACCAAGGUCGUCCGUUCCGUGAAUCCAUCCGUGAGAACAAGGCCAUGUACUGGGGUCUCAUUGCAGCCUCUGCUGUCGCUUUCUCCUGUGCCACCGAGUUUGUUCCCGAGAUCAACGAGAAGCUGCGCCUGGUGCCCUUCAGCAACGAGUUCAAGAUUACCUUGACCGUGCUGAUGGCAUUCGACUAUGUUGGUUGCUACGUCAUCGAGAAUGUGCUCAAGCACUUCUUCAGUGAUUUCCGCCCUAAGGAUAUCGCCGUUCGUCGUCCUGAUCAGCUGAAGCGCGAAGAGGAGCGUAAGGCGAAGGAGGAGGCUGAGGCUGUGGCUCUGAAAGAGCAGCAGAGAACAGCUUAA